GGGGGUGACUAUUCCAUGAGAAUGUUCGAUCAGUAGGUCCACGAGGCAUGGUGAACUGGAUUCCAUGUAAAUAUCAUUAUCCAAUAUACACCUUAACUGACAAUUUGGGAAAAGCAUCUCAUGAUCUUUGGUCGCCCUUCAUUGAUGUCGUACAUAAUAAGGACUCGAAUGCUAGUCCGAACGAGUCCAGACGGUGUUCAGCCAGACUAUAUAUGAGUUUACUUGAAAUAUAUAUACAGAGCGAACUGGCACUUUCUGAGAAGACCACUUGAGCCUCAAAAGGUUGCUUUCAUCGGACAAAUUACUACUCAACUAUCACUGUCGUCGCUAUUGUCCGACUCGUCCUGGCAAUCCAAGCUUCUCUCUGUCGCGUUAAUAGCGACCACCACAGCGACGAGGAACGCUAUGGGUAUACGCCAGCCCGUGGCGCAUGAAACUCCAG